UAAUCAAGAUUUUACAUAGAAUCUUAUAGUGCGUCUAAUAAUUUGGCCAGGGACUGUAGUUAUUCUUUUGCAUUAACCUAUAUCUUUUAUUAAGGACAAAAAACAAUAAUAAUGAACUUUAAUAUGCUAUGUCAAUUUUAACGUAAAUACAUUGCAAUUUUAUUUGGAUAAGAUAUAACAUAUAAUUUACUUUUAUGAAAGACAAUUUUAAGGAUACGUCGGAGAGAAAAGUUCAAUAGAUUAAUGAAAUGUUAGUCUGCGUGACUCAAUAAGUUAAAAGGCGAAUAGUAUUUGACCCUCAUUAUAGGCAACAAAACGUUAUAAAUUACAUAUAUUGGCAUUGAAAAAAAAAUUCGCUCUGUAAAAUUCGCACAUGAGGAACCUUCUUUAAUUAUUCCAGAGUAUAUAAAAGAAAAAUGCGACAAGCGAAUCUGAAGAAUGUGUGAUGUUCCUAUGGCAACAAUGACAAUAAAACUUUACCGCUUCAGUUAUCAAAUGGAAUCGUUUGGCACAGUAACUUAUUCUCUUAAUUUUGCUUCACAGACAGCUCCUGUAACAGUUUACGGAUUGUUAUUUUUGUGUUAUAUAAGCAGAAAUUAAAUUUAAAAAAAAAACGUUUUAUUGUACAAUAUAUGGAGGGAAUGGAACUGAUUAAAUACAACUAAACGAACUUAGCAGUCUUCAGGUUUAUUAACAGAAUAACAGAAAUUAAACAGAACGCAGUUAAACAGAAAUAUCAGAUUUUAUAAUUUUUUGAAAAAAAUGUUUGCCUUCCGAGAAAAUAAAAGGAAAUCCGUUCAAGAAAAACGCUAUUUAUCUGAUGUAAGAUAAAUAUGAGCUGACCAUUAACUAAUUUUGGAAUGUCGAAAUUCAAACAUUAUUUUCGUGUUAUUCGCUUCAAGUAUUUGGGAUCUCUUAAAAGAUUGGCAACAUGCUAUAAUACAGUCACGAUAUUGUUAAUAGGUAUGAUUGUUUUAGCAAUUGUUUAUCAAGAAUUUGAUAGUGACAAAGAAAUACCUGUAUCGAAACUGGAUGAAUUUAUGCCCGCAACGUAUGGUAAAGAAACUAUUAAAUCGACUCUAAACCCAAAACACCUUACUUCAAAAACGACUUUUGAUAUUGACAAAGUUCAAUCAAUAAAAGUUCAACCUAAAUCAACUCCACUAUUUAAGAAAAAAGAGGAAGAUAUUGUUGACGGAUCGUUAAAAAAUCCACCACUCCAAAAAUUGCCAGUUAUUAAGCUGAAAUACGUUGCUAAAAACCCACGUUUCAAAGUCAAAACCAAAGAGGAAAAAUUUAUAACCCCUAAGAAAUUAACUUAUAAAGACAUAUUUGGACGUCUGGCACAUCCAAGACUAUUUCCUAAUCCUACACAGACUGUUCAUAAACAGGAAAAUGUUGUAAGAACUAGCCUAAAUGACUGGAUUCAAGCUAAUAAUCCUCGCGAUCAAUAUAAAUUUUUAGUAUAUUCAGCUUAUUGGGACGAUCGAUUCGAUCAAAACAAUAACGUCAGAAUAAUGGCUGUUAUGGUAACAAAACAUCCCCCACCCGUAUUUUGCCGCCUGCAAAUGGCGGACGGUAAAACCAUUGAUGCUCGUGUCGUAAAAAAAGUCAUGAAUGAACAUUGGAGAUUAAAGUACUGUUCUCUUUUUAUCUCUUGCGAAGUCGCCAAGAAUACACCAUCGCCUUUAAGGGUAAUAGUUUCUAUUAAUCGAAAUUUCACUUUCUCUGCAAUGUUGCCGGUUCACCAAAACAAAGAGGAUGUCGUAUCUCCAAGAGGUGACAUUGCUGUAUGCGUGAAACCACUUCAUUACAAUUACGAUCGAGCUACAUGGCUCUUAGAAUUUAUCGAAUUUCAUCGCCAACUUGGUGUGGAACAUUUCUUUUUUUACAAUCAUACGGUAGGUCCAAACGUUGACGCUGUUUUGCGAUACUAUAUAACACAAGGCAGUGUUACAAUUCUUCCUUGGACUUUGCCCGUUAAAUCACAGAAAGAAAUAAGAACAGAGGCUAUAUUUUCUUCCCUCAAUGAUUGCGUCUUCAGAACUAUGUACUUCUUUCGAUAUGUAAUAAUGUUAGAUUUCGACGAAUACAUCAUCCCUCGCGAGCAUGAAACUUACAUGGACAUGUUGCAUCAAUUGGAAGAAGACAAUAAACAUAUAAGAGGCCGCCCGGGUAGCUUCGUUUUUAAAAAUGUUUUCUUUUACCUCUACUGGGAAAACGACACCACUGUGUAUGGAGCUGAACCUGAAAAACCACCACAAUGGGUACCAUAUCUCAUUACUCAAUACAAAACUAGAAGACUAUCUACUUCAAUGAAAAUAGGAAGCCGAUCUAAAUAUAUUGUGGUUCCAGAUCGCAUAAUAGAAGUUGGAAAUCAUGUGGUUUGGAGGCAUACCUCAGGCAGCAGAGCUAUAAGUGUACAGGACACAGUUGCCCUACUACAUCAUUAUAGGAUUUGUGAAUUUGGAGGAUUUAGUUGCCUCAAAAAGGAUAGUGUCGUGGAUCGCACAGCUACGAAAUUUGGACCAGACUUGUUGCAGCGUGUCACUCGCAGCUGUCGAUUGAUUUUCUCUGAUCGAGAUGGCACGUGUCCCCUGUCACCCCCUCUUGGAAGUCCAUGGUGACGCAUUUAAAAUAUCAUUCCUUAAUGAUGUUCAUUAUUGGUAACACUAUCUACCAUAAUGUAACAUCAUUUCUAUAUUUCAUUAAUCUCUCAACAUGAAAUUAACAUAAAAGCAAUUAUGUGUGCAACUGUUAAUGUUUCUGAAACGAACUAUCUUUGUUGUAAAUAGUAUAUUUACUGUAUUUGUUGUACAUAGCAAUUUAAAAAGGUUUUUUUUUUUCUUUUUGAUCAGAUAAUUAUGAAAUAAAUUUUUAGAGAAAGCA